AUAAUGGUGCGCAUUAAUGUCCUGGCUGAUGCUCUCAAGAGCAAUAAAAAUGUUGAAAAUAGAGGCAAAUGCCAAGCUCUUAUUAGGCUGUGCUCCAAAAUCAUAAUCCAGUUUCUAACUGUGAUGAUGAAGCAUGGUUGUAUGGGCAAAUUUGAAAUCAUUGAUGAUCACAAAGCUGAGAAAAUUGUUGUGAACCUCAUAUGCAAGUUAAACAAGUGUGGAGUGAUCAGCCGUAGAUUCAAUGUAGAAGAACUCAAAGAUCUAGAAAAAUGGGAGAAUAAUCUACUCCCAUCUUGCCAGUUUGGUUUUAUUGUACUGACAACCCCAGAUGGCAUUAUGGACCAUGCAGAAGUAAGACAAAAACACACAGUAAGGAAAAUACUAGGGUUCUUCCUUUAG